AUGCCAACAUUGAAGAACACCACAGAGACCGAAGUGGCAGCGUCAUACAACAUCCAAAAGGAAAAAACUGUUUUACUAGCAACAGCAAAGGUAAUUAUAAGGACUAAAAAACAAGUUAAUCCGAUACGAGCGCUUCUUGAUCAAGGAUCACAAUCUUGUAUAAUAACAGAACAAUUAGCAAGAUCAAUCAGAGCACCAUUGACCAAUUAUCAAACUCAUGUAAAAGGUAUCAAUGGACAAACAACAAGCGUUAUAGCCAAAUGCUUAUUAGAAAUUCAAUCUAUACAUGAUGAAAAUAAGAGCUGUCAUAUCGAAGCAAUAGUGUUACCAAAAAUCACAUCAAAAAUGCCAAAUGCAGAAUUCACGCCAGGAAAAUGGUCGCAUAUUGAUGGAUUGCAGUUAGCAAAUCCUUGGUAUGCUGAACCAAAGGAAAUACAAUUGUUAAUCGGGUCGGACGUGUUACCAGAAGUGUUUAAAGAAGGAUUAAUUAAAGGGCCAGACAACUCUCCAAUGGCUCAAAACACAUUAUUUGGAUGGAUAUUAUCAGGACCUUUAGAUGUAGAGCGUACAAUUACAAACAAAAUAAUGUUAUGCUCCAUGGCUUGCGAAAACAGCGACGAGUAUUUAAAACGGUUUUGGGAAUUAGAGGAAAUUCCAAAUGCAGACUUAAGAACAGUAGAAGAAAGGGGUUGUGAGCGACAUUAUGAUUCAACUUGCACCCGCGAUAAAACAGGACGAUACAUCGUUAGGUUACCACUGAAAAAUGAUCGAGAAACGUUAGGUGAAUCCAGAAAGAUGGCAUUAAAACGGUUCUUUUCAUUGGAAGAACGAUUUAAGAAGAAUCCAGCACUAAAGCAAGAGUAUGUGAACUUUAUGCAAGAGUAUAUCAAGCUUGGUCACAUGAAGGAAGUUAAUGAGAAACCAAAGACAAAGGUAUAUUAUUUGCCGCAUCAUGCAGUUAUUAAAGAAGACAGCACGACAACAAAACUUCGAGUGGUGUUUGAUGCGUCCGCAAAAACGACAUCAGGACAAUCACUUAACAGUAUUAUGAUGACAGGUCCUACAUUACAAAAGGAUUUAUUCAUUCUAUUAUUGCAGUGGAGAAUGUUUAAAAUAGUUUUUAUGGCUGACAUUGAAAAAAUGUAUCGGCAAAUACUGAUUCAUCAUGAUGAUAGAGAUCUUCAACGAAUUUUAUGGAGAAACGAUCAGAAAAAACCAAUAAAAGAAUACAAAUUGAACAUGAUUACAUAUGGUACUGCAUCAGCACCAUAUCUUGCUAUCAAGACGUUGUUUAAGCUAGCAGAAGACGAGAGAAUUAAUUAUCCUUUGGCAAGUGAAACCUUAAAUGAAAAAUUUUAUGUAGACGAUUGUUUGGGAGGCGCUAAUACGAUUAAAGAGUGUAAACAAGUACAAGAAGAAUUAAUCCAAUUAUUGCGGAAGGGAGGUUUUAAUUUAAGAAAAUGGGCAUCAAACGAACCGGAAAUGUUGACGAAUAUCCAGAUAAAAGACAUUGAACCAGGGUUAGAGAUGCAAUUUAACAACGACCAAGCGAUUAAAAUUUUAGGAAUAAAAUGGUGUCCUAAAUUGGAUCAAUUUGAAUUUAAAAUAAAUACCACGUCAUUCAGCUCAAAAUACACAAAAAGAGCAAUUCUAAGUGAUGCUGGAAAACUAUUCGAUCCAUUUGGUUGGUUGUCACCUGUAACCAUUAAAGCAAAAAUUAUGAUACAAAAAUUGUGGAUGCUAGGAAUUAGUUGGGAUACAGAGAUCCCACCCAAUCUACAGGCACAAUGGGAAGAAUUUAAAUUGAGAUUACCUGCAGUUCAGAAAAUAACCAUGAAAAGAUGGACACAACGUUAUAAUUUAUGGUUAUUUCACAAUCAGCGAUAUAGAAGAAUAUGA